GAAUUAGGCCUUGCGGGCCAUGCUAUCAUAUAUGCAUCCCUACAACAUUGUCAGCCAAAGAUGCGUUAUUCAACACGUUGUAGGUUAUUGUUGCUGGGAGUCUGUGCAUUCGUGACACUGUUCUAUUUAAGACGUUACACCAAUCGUACCGUAGAUGUGGGAGAGAAAAUGUUGGGCAAUAUUUUGUAUCGGAUUAAUGGCUACUCCAGUCAGAACCCAUACAGCCUGACAGGCAAUCCUGUCAAUCACAUAGCAUUUCUUAAGGUACGCAAGGCAGCCAGUACAACGGUUGAGAAUAUAUUUCUACGUUAUGGGGAUGAAAAGAAUCUCAUUUUUGCUUUGCCACGACACAGUGGGGGCGGUACUGAAUUGACAUCGAGCCACUUCUAUCCUCCACCAAAAAACAAAACCUAUGAUAUAACUUGUGCGCACGUCAACUACGAUACGAACUCAUUUCGUCGAGUCUUACAUGCUGAUACUAAGUAUAUAGGAAUCGUGAGGGAGCCUUUCAGCCAUUUCCGAUCCUACAUCAGAUUUACUCAUCCAAAGUCAGUGGUAGGUAUACCCGGAGAUAAUCCAGUUUUGGAAUAUUUGUCAAGGGAAGAACAAAACAGGAACAAAACUGGUCAUAUGGCUUCAGUGUGCAAUAGAAUGGCUGUUUACUAUGGGUUUAGCCGUGAUUUAUUUUCAAAGAGGGAUCGACGUCAGACACUAAAGUAUAUACUCAAACUGGAUAAGGAAAUGGACCUCGUUUUAGUGUUGGAAUUUCUCGAUGAAUCCAUUGUGUUGAUGCGACGAAUCUUAAACUGGGAUCUCCGACAUGUUUUAUACGGUAAACUUCGGGUAAACAAGAGGGAAGAUAGUCGCCUUAAGUUUGGAGAAAUUGCACAAAAACUCCAUCGGAACUGUGCGUAUUUAGAUUAUCAACUUUAUGAAUUUUUUGUUCAAAAAUUGAAAGAAAAAAUAAAAGACCAGCCACCCGAUUUUUAUGAUGAACUGGCCUACUUCAGAAAAACUAGAAUGAAGUAUGAAGACUUCUGUUUGUCCUCAAUUUCUAAUGACGAUAACAACGCCAGUAUUACAUUUGAAGGCAGUGCAUGGAAUCAACCAUUCGUCAUCACAUGGGAGCAUUGUAAGAAACUGUAUGUUCACGAUGUCACGUAUUUAGGUAUGUUGAUCAAAAAACAAUACUCCGCAGAGUAUUUGUAAUGUGGUUACUAUAAAUAUGAGAAGUUCAUGUCACAUAGCCAUUCCCAAUAGUGUUGAUUGUCAGGAGUUGGUUUAACAUUGUUUGAAUGUAAACGUUGUUCAAUUAAACAUGACCUCGGUGUAAACACUUUAUAAUGUCUCUGAUUCAGCUCCUGAACCAACAAGCUGGUAUACAAAUCACUGGAGAUAAAUCUGUAAAGUGUGGGAGAUGUAUCUUUCUCCCACAACCACUAAAUGUUUCCUCACUCCGAUCCAUACAAUAAAACCAGCUAGGAGUUGGUGACAUUUUUGGUUACCCACUAGUGGGUAACAUCCUGGUCGUGAUUUCAUUGGUAACUUUAUUUACUUAUGACGUCACGUAACAAUGCUUUGCGACGUCAUGAUU